CCCCAAAGAAUGUAUCAGACAUGCGGCGCAACCUUCUGGUGUAAGUCAUUGAGAUAACGAUCCCGUGACCAAUCACGUUACCCCCAACAUGCAAAUCCCCUCAUGACGUACAUACUGUCAAACCUCAACCAUAACCUAAACCUGCAUCAACAUAUUCACAAUGAAACCUCUUAUCGCCCUAACAGCUCUAUUCAGCCUAACAACCGCCUCACAGUCUCCUCUCCGCGACAAUCAAGCACCCCUGCCCAAACCUCCCAUCCCUCUAAAAGGCCAUCUCCCUCUAAUGUCCUCCAACCCGCCCUCCGUCCAACCCUCCGUCGCCCUCGGCGACAUCCUAGGCUCCAACCGCGGCCUAACAUCAUUCUCAUCGUUCGCGCGCAUGCAGCCCUCCACAGAUACAAGACUCAGCGAUCUAUCGACGAAUACCACUGUUCUUGCGCCGCUGAACUCAGCUGUUGAUGCGCUACCGCGCAAACCGUGGGAACAACCCGCUGAUUAUAAUAAUUUUGGUGCUGAUGCGUAUGAGGGUGAUGGAGGGCAGGAUAGGGCGAGGGAGAAUAUGAAACGGUUUGUGGAGGCGCAUCUUGUGCCUGUUAGUCCGUGGGAGAAGGGGGAGAAGAGUAAGACGCUCGGGGGGAAGGAGGUUUGGUGGGACGUUAAGGAGGGACGGAGGGUUAUUAUGCCUGAUGAGGUGGAGGUUGAGAGAGUGGCUAGUCAGGUUGGGAAUGGAGAACUGUGGAUUCUGAAAGGAGUUUUGAACUACGCUUAGACAGACAGCGUCUGAUGGGUACAGAUACACGAAUAACGAUAGAUUAAUGAUUAGGCAUGUUUGGAUAUAGCUAGAUGUUUGCGUAAGAGGUCGGGAUACUUUCGCUACAGGUAGUGGCACGCAGGAUAAUACACGAGGUUCAAAGACAUCACCAUGCAUCAGUCUGCUAUUCAUCCAGUAUAUUGAUUAGGUCAACAUGUUCGUCGCCGGUAUCAUCUAUCCGAACUCCCAGAAACGACACCCUCCGAAACAGACAUAAAUUACAACAAGAACUAUACCUCCAGAACAAACUCCCUCCACUUUUUAGUCAUGCAGGCUAUUCUGCACAGUUCGCUCCCCCAGACUCUGCAAGUUACCCCUCCCUAUACUCAAGGGGCUCACGAGCCAGGCAUAAUAUUCAAGAUGAAAGGAAUACAGGCAAAAGCUGCCUCAAAACAAGAGACUGUAAGGCCGUAAACAAGACACUGGCCGGUACUGAUGACGUUCUAUGACUGGCAUGCAGAGGCCAGCCUAUGAUGCCCUGUCGAUUGAAGCGUAUAGCAAAAAGAACUUUUUUAUGAGAACACUUUUCGACGAGCAUUACUCGUCCACCUUCAACCGCUUUGGUUCUGACUCCUCCGCAGUAUCGCUCUGCGUUGUGGCUCCUGGCUCAGGAGUCUUUCGUUUCGUUGCAGUAGAAUUGCUUGGAGCUACAUUCAAGUUUUGACCUGAGCUCCCAUUGGCAUUAGGCAGAGGAUCUCUGUCCUUGAAAGCGUUUGAGUUUGCAUUUGGUGUCGUAUUCAGGUCAUCUCUGAGGAAACUAGGGCCUGAACCGACAACUGGCGUUGCAAAGUUCAGCGGACUUGGUAGUGUGUUACUGUCACCUCCCCGGAAGUUCCAAUCGGGAUAGAAGCUACUUGGGCUCGGAAGGAGUUCAUUUGUCAAGAAACGUGAUGGCAAGGCAGAGACAGGAGUAUCACCAUUCAUAUUCUGCUGAGGAGGCGGCCGGGCAAAAGGAUUUGGCGGACCAGUAGCACCUGCGGACAAUAUUGCUGACGCAGACGGAGAGGGAGGAGGAAGCACAAGUGAUGACUGAGAGUUGUGGCGCUGGGGCGCCUGCGUUGUAGUUUCUGUGGCAACCCGCGGCGAGUUUGACUCUGCCGUUCGUGCGCUACCGCCGCCUUCAGAUCCGCCAUCCGGAAUCUGCACCGUUAAGCGAGGGCCACGAGGUCGAGCUCCUCCGGGACCGCCGGCCUUUGCACUGUUAGAACGCGAAGGCGGAGUCAAAGUGGUUUCUGGUAUUGACGACAGCGAUACCGUUCGAGACUUUUCAUCGGUCUGAGUACUGGCACGCUGUGGCAAAUGGGGUGAUGAUUUGGGCCCAUCCGCGGCCCGGUUCAGUGCAGCCACAUCAACUGAUUGUGAACGGUUGGCGGCGUUUGCAGCAUUAGCAGCGGCAGCGGCAGCAGCAGACUCUGAUUUGUUCGACUCGGAAGUAAAAGAUGCCAGAUGCUGGGACAAAAUAGACCGGUUCUCUUCGAUGGGAGUGAAGAUACUGUGAGAUUUUCUUUGAGGUAGCUUCUUAAUGGCACUGUCCGUGUUCAGUAAUGGCGGCUGAGGGCGUUCUUGUGGUUCCGUCUUGGGUUCCACGGGAGGCGGUGGCGGAGGAUCAUGAAGUCGACGUUCAGGCUGGGGCGGCGGAGGUGACAUUUGUGACAUGUUUGGAGGAAGCUGUUGUUGAGGUGGUUGAGGCGAUGGCGUUGGACGAACAGGAGCUUGGAUUGGUUGUGACGGCGGUUGCGAAGUGUAAGCGGGAGGCAUCGGAGAGGGCAUCGGGGACCUGCGGUCAUCCAUGUACGGUCCUGGUUGCUGCAUGUGGCUAGGCUGUUGAUGAUAAGCAUAUUGAGAAUGAGGACCAUGUUGAGGUAUUAGACCGGGAGGAUGAGGCGAGUUGUAGAUAGGCGGGUUGGGCAUGUAAUUCAUUCCGGGAUGCGGAGGGCCGGCCGGAGGUGGAGGCUGGACCAUGCCGGGACCCAUGCGGCGCAUAUCCGUUCGAGAUGCCGGUCGUGAGCCGAUCGAUGGUUGCGGAGUAUGUUGUCGCUG